AUGUCUAGCGUACCUUAUAAUUCCCAACUUCCUAUAUCCAAUCAUUUAGAUUACGAUGAAGAAGAAAAGAAAAGCAGAGGCUCGUCAUCGGGCUUGAAAUACAGAAUAAUUUACUGGAGGAGAAGUUUAUGCAAUCUUUUAGCAAGAUGGAAGAAACCAAUAUUGCUAUUAUGUUUAACUCUGUUUUUAUUCAUGUGGAUAAACGAUUCCACCAUAAGCGGGUACCCACCUUCUACAAGUUUUCAAGGCCAAAUUAGUAACGAUAAUAAGUUGAGUAAGGCUGAUAAUAGCCUUAAUUCCAAAAAGUACUUACCACCGUUCUCAAAGAGAUCAAGGUGGUCGUUUUGGAGCAAAGAUCCUAAAAUAGUCAUUAUAUUAGCGGCAAACGAAGGUGGUGGUGUAUUGAGGUGGAAGAAUGAACAAGAAUGGGCUAUUGAAGGCAUAUCUAUAGAAAAUAAGAAGGCUUACGCAAAGAGACAUGGGUAUGGUUUGACUAUCAAAGAUUUGACCACAUGCAAAAGGUACUCCCACGAAUACAGGGAAGGCUGGCAAAAGGUAGAUAUUUUAAGACAAACGUUCAGAGAGUUUCCCAAUGCAGAAUGGUUUUGGUGGCUAGACUUGGAUACUAUGAUCAUGGAACCUUCCAAAUCACUAGAAGAACAUAUUUUUGACAGAUUAGAAACUUUAGCUGACAGAGAAUUGAAAAGCUUCAACCCUCUGAACCUCAAAGCCGACAUACCAUACGUCAAUUAUUUUGAAGAGAUGGAAUUCUUAAUAACACAAGAUUGUGGCGGAUUCAAUCUAGGCUCUUUUAUGAUAAAAAAUAGUGAGUGGUCGAAACUGCUGCUAGAUAUGUGGUGGGACCCCGUUUUGUAUGAGCAAAAGCAUAUGGUCUGGGAACAUAGAGAACAAGAUGCAUUAGAGGCUUUAUAUGAAAACGAACCAUGGAUUCGUUCGAGAAUAGGUUUUUUGCCCUUAAGAACUAUCAAUGCAUUCCCACCGGGAGCAUGUUCUGAAUACAGCGGUGAUUCAAGAUACUUUUACAAUGAGAAAGACCACGAUUUUGUUGUGAAUAUGGCCGGGUGCAAUUUUGGUAGAGAUUGUUGGGGUGAGAUGCAAUACUAUACCACUUUAAUGGAAAAGUUGAAUAGGAGAUGGUAUACCAGGUUUUUCUUCCCAUAA